CCGGGGUCUGGCUGGCUGGAGUCGGGGGAGGCACGUCCUUCCACCCCUCCGAGUCCGCCGCAGAGCCUCGAGCCGUGUCCCCAUCCUGGGGCGUCCUCCGGCCAGGUGUCCAUUGGAUGUGCGGCCGUGGCGUCUGGAAACCGAUUUGCUGAGUCACUCGCUGCACUUCCCUCCGGGGCAGCUGUUGCGUUAAAAAGGCUUAUCGGGCCCCGCGGUUCGGGGGCCAGUGCUCGCCCAACGGUCUGCCGGGAGGAGCCCCCAUUGUGGGGCGGUGGCGGUCUGAGCCGACCCGAGUAACUCAGUGUGUCUGCCGGGCCCGGAAGCGGGGAUCUCCCGGGCCAGACGGGCGCCCCAAGACCCACCUGCGCUGGCCGUGUGUGCGGGUGGCUCAUGGAGAGGACGGUGAAGCACUGCAGGCAGUGGGGCCCAAAUUUGAACUUUACUCUCUCUGCGUGGGGCGAGUGUCCCAAAGUGCGGAGGGAAAGGUUCUGGAGGACACAUGCCAGCGGCAGAACUUCAACCCCAGCGAGUACGAUCUGAAGUUUCAGAGGAAUGUUCUUGACCUCUCUCUCCAGUGGAGAUUUGCCAACCUGCCCAAUAACGCCAAGCUUGAGAUGGUGCCUGUCUCCCGGAGCCGUGAGGGGCCCGAGAACAUGGUUCGCAUCGCUCUGCAGCUGGACGAUGGCUCCAGGUUGCAAGACACUUUCUGUUCAGGCCAGACGCUCUGGGAGCUUCUCAACCAUUUUGCACAGACCAGGGAGUGCCUGGAGCAGCUGAGCGAGGCGAGCCCGGUCUGUGUGUACAUGCGGGACGAGGUGACCGGCAGAGCCUCCUUGCAGAGCACGACGCUCAAGUCUCUAGGUCUCACCGGGGGCAGCGCCAUCAUCAGGUUCGCCAUGAAGCGACGCAAUCAGGAGCCUGGGGUCUCCCGGACCAAGACCCCAGGGAGCCCGGCCCCCUCCCUGUCGGCCGACCAGGCCACUGGCGGCCCUCUACUCCCGCUGAAUUCGGUGGGGCUCAGCCAGGGUGACGUGAGCCAUCAGGAUGAAGUGGGCACCUCGGGGGCCAGCCGCGUGGACGCUCCAGCGAAGCAGAUCUCGAAGGAGCCUGCCCCCGCCCCCUUUGUUCCUUUCUCAGGUGGGGGACAGCGACUGGGGGGCUCGUCCGGGUCUGCCAGGUCUCUGACGUCGCCUUCAGCCAAACCGCCGAAGUCCUUCUCCAGCCCGGGAGGCCCCUCCAAGCCGAAGAAGUCGAGGCCUGGCCAGGAGCCCGGGUCAGAGCCGGAGCCGCCGGUGGAUCGGGACCCCGUGGUGUGCCACCCGGACCUGGGAGAGCUACUCCAGGCUUGCCCUGCGGAGCUGCCGGAUGAGUUCUUCGAGGUGACCGUGGACGACGUGAGGAGGCGCCUGGCCCAGCUCAGGAGCGAGCGGAAGCGCCUGGAGGAAGCGCCCUUAGUGACCAAGGCUUUCAGGGAGGCUCAGAAGAGGGAGAAGCUGGAGCGGUACCCCAAGGUGGUCCUGAGGGUCCUGUUCCCUGACCGCUACAUCCUGCAGGGCUUUUUCCGCCCUAAUGAGACAGUGGGGGAUCUGCGGGACUUCGUGAGAAGCCACCUGGGGAAUCCUGAGCUGCCCUUCUAUUUGUUCAUCACUCCUCCAAAAACCAUCCUGGAUGACCACAGGCUGACCCUCUUUCAGGCAGAUCUCUUCCCUGCUGCCCUCGUGCACUUUGGAGCUGAGGAGCCAACAGGCCUCUUCCUGGAGCCCAGGCUGCUGGAACGCACCGUCUCCCCGUCUGCGGCUGACUUGCUGGUGGCCAGGUGCAUGCCCAGGGCUGCUGGGGCCCCGCCCCCGAUGCCAGCCCCUGACCCUGCACCCCGUGACUUGGAGCCAACGGCUGAGGCAGGGGCGGUGGGGCUCCCCGAAUCCCGCCCCGAGACGGCCCAGCCGGUCAAGAGGGAUCUGGGCAAGGUGCCCAAGUGGCUGAAGCUGCCAGCCGGCAAGAGGUGAGAGCCACCAGCCUGGAGGUGCCCUGUCUGCCAGCUGCAGGACCCCUCCCCACCCUGAGCGGGAAUAAAGGUGUGAGCUUCUCU